GUGAUUCUGUGGUCUUGAAGUUAUCCAUCAUGUGACUACAGUGUUAUAGAUGAUCUCCAAUCAGCAGAAUAACAGAAACGUGUUUAUUAUCGCGGCCGAGCGUCAGUUGAACAGGAAGUAUGGCCAGGCAGUGGUCUGAGGGCCACUCCACAUCCAUCCUGUGUGUUGGGGCGUCUCCGGGCCCCGACGGUCUCCUCGCUUCCGGCUCUGAAGGUGGAGAGGUCACGGUGUGGAGUCAGGAGGGAACCAUCGUCGGCCGCCUCGCUCUCCCUGGUGAAGAGGACAGCACAAGUGUUGUCUUUUCACCCGCAGCUCCGGGACAGCUCUACGUGUCACAUGGAGACACAGUGAGUGUACUCGACCCCCGCAACCUGAAGGGCCCCGUGGAGCAGUUUCUGGGUGCAGGGGAGGAGGAGAUCAAUGCUUUGGCACUAAGCGACACAGGUUCAGCCCUGGCGGUGGCUGAUGACUCCGGGGCGGUCCGGGUACUGGAGCUUCCAGGGGGGAAAGUGUGCAGGACUCUUCGUAGACACACUAACAUCUGCUCCUCUGUGGCGUUUCGGCCCCACAGGCCCAAUAACCUCCUGUCUGCUGGACUCGACAUGCAGGUGAUGCUGUGGGGGCUGCAGAAAACGCGCCCUCUUUGGACCCUCAACCUCCAGGACGUAGCAGAAGAAGAAGACGACCAUCAGCAGAGACCUGGUCAGCUUUUCAACCCGCCACUGGCCCACUGUGUUACUGUGGCGAGUUGUGGAAACAUUUUGGGUUGUGCAGCAGAGGACGGACGAGUGCAUCUGAUGCGGAUCGGCAGCGGCUCUAAACUGGAACAGCAGGGAGCAUUCAAAGCUCACAGUCAGGGCGCCUCACAGGCCCACUUUGUUAGUUUCCUUCCCCACCCUUACUGGCUCGUCACUGGAGGGAAUGACAGCCAGGUCGCCCUGUGGGACCUCAGUAAGCACCCGGUGGUGUCUCCAGAGGCAAAGGCCAAAACUCGAGUGACAGCGGCCCCACGCAGGAAGAGUAAGAGCAAGGCAAAGAGGAAAGAACAAUCUCAGGAUAAAGCAAAGACCCCACCGAAGGCUGAGGAAGACAAAGAGGAAGCUAAAGUGGAGGAUGAAGCAGCAGCAGCAGGUUCAGAGGAGGUGACAGAGGAGAAGUCGGGGCCCAAACUGAGCAUCAGUCAUGGGGACAAAGUGAACUGGUUGUGCCCUGCGGUGCUGAAAGGAGAACCCACUGUGGUAGUCGCAGAUCAGAGCUCCAGUCUGACCGUCUACCCUCUGCCUCAACUGUAGAUUCACACACUUUACUACACGUUCUUUAAUCUUUUGCUCUGGCCAUAGAAGUAUUUUGACUUGCUGUAUGUUUUUGAAAUGUCAUACACUCCUGUUAGAACUGCUAGCAUCAUUAUUUGGACUAAAUUGUGAUUGGCUUAAUAUUGUGACAGUAGGAUCUUGUUCUCCUUUAAUAAAACCUGAACUGUGGGCAGAAACCAAAGCUGACCAGUGCUGGAAGGAAGAUCUUUACACGAGCAAUCAUCUGAUUUGUUUGAGUUUUCACAAAAUAUUCAACACAGUAACAUGUGUAAUGUGUU